GUGGGCCCCACUAACGGGAACAUGUAACGGCAGGGGUACAGUUUAAUAACUUUUGGAACCUUGAGGUUACAGCGUGAAAUUUUUCAAAGGGAGGGGCACAAGUGCACAACGUGGAAUAGUCAAUACCUCAGGGAUAUUACGUAGAAUUUCCCAAUAUAGAAUAAAUGCCGUAACUAUGUAAUGUAUUGGUGUUCAAAUUGUAAAAUGCCCAAACCCCCUUUUUUUUCUUUCUUUUGAGAAAAUUGAAUGAGUAACUUAGGAAAAUAAUUUAAACAAUUACUUUGUUAAAAAAAAAAAAAAAAAAAAAAAAAGAGAAAAAAAAAAAGGUAAAAUCAUUAUAUUGUCAGGAAUGGGAUUCGAACCCAUGCCCUUUCGGACCAGUACCUGAAACUGGCGCCUUAGACCAACUCGGCCAUCCUGACUUUUAUGCCUAAAUGAUCAAAAUUAAUUUAGUUAAUAAUAAAUAAAACUACAAAAAUCAAGUUUAUUUUAUGAUUAUUAUGAACACAACGAAGAGUUGAAAUUAUGAACUGCCUACUAUGCAGGUUGCUUUAACCAUGAAUUCCCUUCAUCAAAUUUCCAAAAGACCCAAAAUACGAAUUUUUUCUGCCAAAUUUAUCACCUCUAUUGCUGCAUUUGAAAACCCAUUAAAUUUUUCUGCAAAUUUUGAUGUUUUUCCCAGAAAUUAUAUCGACCCUUAUCAGAUUUUUGCUUCAUGGAGCAAAUCAAAGGUGAAUACAAUCUGGGAUGUAAGCAUUUUACAUAGCCAUUUACUAAAAUCAGCUUUUUUUCAUUCUGAUAUGUUUCUUUCAAAUUCUUUGCUUAAUUGGUAUAUGAAACUCUCUGCUAUUGAUGAUGCAGUCCAACUGUUUGAUGAAAUGCCUAGCCCAAGUUUUAUUUCUUGGAAUAUUAUGAUUUCGGGAUGUAAUAAUAAUUUAUUAUAUGAUUUUUCUUGGAGAUAUUUCUGUCGUAUGAGGUCGAUGGGUAAUGGAAGCAAUGAGUAUACUUAUGGGAGUGUUAUUUCUGCUUGUAGUGGUUUAGGGUCUUUGUUGUAUGGUAAAAUGGUUUAUGCAUUAACUCUGAAAGAUGGGUAUUUUUCUAAUGGGUAUGUUCGUUCUGGAAUGAUUGAACUCUUUUCGAAGAAUAGUCGUUUUGAUGAUGCACUUCGGUUGUUUGAUGAUUGGCCUUAUGAACAGAAUGUGGUUUGUUGGAAUAACAUGAUAUAUGGGGCUGUGAAAAGUGGGGAUCAUGGCAUAGAGCUCUUUCAUCGAAUGCGACGGUUUGCUGUAAUUCCUAAUAGGAUAACAUUCUCUGGUGCUUUAGGUGCUUGUAUUGCACUUGAAAAUGAUGAUAUGGGGAAAAAGAUUCAUGCUUUGGUGAUUAAACAUGGUGCAGAGCAAGACGUGUUUGUAGGAACUGGCAUUAGUGAUUUAUAUUCCAAGUGUGGACUUAUGGAUGAGGCAAUAAAAAACUUCUUCAGAAUGCCCGUUCAAAUUGUAGUCUCGUGGACAGCUAUGAUUUCUGGUUAUGUGCAAAAAGGUGAUGUUGUUUCUGCUAUUAAGUUAUUUGGGGAAAUGAGAAAAGUUGGUGUUGAGUUGAACAAGUAUACUAUCACUAGCAUACUCAGUGCAUGUGUCAAGUCAUACAUGGUAGAUGUAGCUAUGCAAAUGCACUCAUGGAUAAUUAAAUCUGGUUUGGCUGCUGAUUCAGCUGUGAUCGCUUCUAUGAUUAGUACAUAUUCCAAAGCUGGAGAAAUACAUUUAUCUGAACUGCUGUAUCUAGAGCAGGACAGCUAUGAUGAUGAAUGUUUGUGGAAUGUUAUGAUAUCUUCUUUUGUUCAAAAUAAGAAAAUCGAGGAAGCAAUAAACUUAUUUUGCAGGAUGUUGCUGAAUGGUUCUAAACCAGACAGCUUUGCCAUUGGUAGUAUUUUGAGCAUCAUAGACUGUCUAUACACAGGGAGGCAGAUUCAUUCCUACAUGCUUAAAACCGGAUUGGUAUUUGAUCUUUGCGUAGGGAGCUCACUCUUUACCAUGUACUCAAAAUGUGGUCGUUUGCUUGAAUCUUAUGAAGUUUUCCUACAGCUUCCUGAUAGAGACAUCGUUUCAUGGGCUUCAAUGAUUUCUGGUUUUGCUGAGCAUGGAUAUCCUCAUAAAGCCAUCAAGUUGUUCAGAGAGAUGCUGUUAGCAGGGAGCAAGCCAGAUCAAGUGACUUUCAUGGGAGUUCUGACCGCUUGCUCCUCACUUGUUACUCCUUUAAUUGGUAAGGAAGUUCAUGGCUAUAUUUUCCGUGCAGGGCUUAGCGAAGAGAGUUUCAUUGGAGGUGCACUUGUAAAUAUGUAUUCAAAAUGUGGCGCUCAAGAUUUAGCAAGGAGGGUGUUUGACAUGAUUUCUCAAAAAGAUAAAGUUAUGUGCUCUGCUAUAGUUUCAGGGUAUGCCCAAACCGGAGACAUUCAAGAAGCAUUGUCUGUUCUCCAUGGAAUGCUUGUGGCUAAUAUCCAAGUUGACUCAUAUACAGUUUCAUCUAUUCUUGGGUCUGAUGCUCUUUUAAAAAUGACCAACAUUGGGAUUCAGUUGCAUUCCCUCAUUUUAAAAAUAGGCUUGGAGUCUGACGUUUCUGUUGGUAGUUCACUAAUUACAAUGUACUCAAAAUGUGGAGUUGUCAAUGAUUGUCGUAAAGCUUUUGACCAGAUAAUUAAACCCGACUUGAUUAGCUGGACAACUAUGAUAGUAAGCUAUGCACAACAAGGAAGAUCUACGGAGGCCUUAAAACUUUAUGAAGCUAUGACACGUGAGGGCAUGGAACCUGAUGCUGUGACAUUUGUUGGAGUUUUAUCUGCUUGUAGUCAUGCUGGUUUGGUGGAAGAGGGUUAUUCUCAUCUGUGCUCUAUGUCCAAAGACUACGGGAUUGAACCUCACCUUCGUCAUUAUGCAUGCAUGAUUGAUCUUCUUGGUCGCUCUGGAAGACUAAAGGAAGCUGAAUGUUUUAUUCAUAACAUGCCAAUAAAACCUGAUGCCCUGAUUUGGGGAACAUUGUUGGCUGCCUGCAAACUACAUGGCGAUGUUGAUAUUGGAAGGCUAGCAGCCAAAAAGGUUAUUAAAUUGCAGCCAUCUAAUGCUGGGGCUUAUGUAUCAUUAUCAAACAUGUGUGCUGAUAUUGGGCAAUGGGAUCAAGUGGAAGAUAUUAGACAUAUAAUGAAAGGAACUAGGUUAACCAAGGAACCUGGGUGGAGCCUCGUGUGACUCGCUGUUCUGGUUUCUGUAAUGCUUCAGUUGAACCUAGCUGGUGAUCCUUUUCUUGGUUUCUUAUUCUCGUCUCCAUUUUUUCCAAUACCACAUACAAAGUCUUGACUUUGCUACAAUUCCAAAUCAAUGAGGAAGGGUUCUCCGGGAAUUGGGAUGCUUGUGUAGCUAAUGGUGUCAAAUUGGAAUGGGAACAUAUGUGAAGAGGUAUCUUCAAUUGGAAAAGAUGAGAAGUGUAAAGAGGGAAGACUUUAAUUUAAAAGAGAUAAAAAUGGUCAUGCAAAAUUACUUGGCCCAAAUGAAGAGUUGCUUGACUGUCAGUGUCCCAUAUCUGCAAGAUACCUGGCAGGCUGGCAUGAAAUAUGAAACAAGGGUAAGGUGUAGUAUCGUGAGCCUUGUGACUCCUAAGCCUAUCCUCGCAGUGGCCUUGCAGCGAGAUCAUCCGAUUGAGAAUGGCAUAUUUGUUGAUGCCAAGUCUCAUAGACUCUGGUCUGCAUGAAGAAUGAAAAACACGCAGCUGAAUAUAAGAUUUCCAACCCAGCCCCAAAUAAGAUGUUCGUUGAAGAAAAAUCUGAUUUUGGAACUUUUGCUGUUGUUGAAUUAAUUGAACAACUAUACAGGAGCUGACUCAAAGACUAUCUCAGGCAUCAAUCUGUUUCUGAGUUGAGUAUUAAUUUAUAGCGAAAACAUGCUACAGCCCACAGGUACAGGCUAUUAAAAACCUCAUUUAGGAACACAUUUCAUCUCACAUCUAAUUAUAUUUAAGCAAUCAAGCAUGACCCUCUGAUAUUCAGAAAUGCUCACUCUACCCCAGGUGUGCACAUAUAAAUUGAUGAAUAAUGAAUUCCCAGAAUCCUUAAUUGCUUGUGUUGUCAGAGCUAACUGCAGGUUAUGAUUGUAGAAUUGCCAAGAAACCGAGAAACAUGUAGGUGGAGAAUGAGAAGUGGGGAAUCCGGGGAAUGAUCACAAGGAAUGCAGGAAGCCAGGAACAUAAACCAUUACUCUCACACCACACUUCCCACCACCCCCCCUCCCCUCCCCUCCCCCAAUCUUGCCACCCACCCAGCGCACACACCCACAUAUACCCCUUGCAGCGAAAGUAACUGAACUAAUGUUUUUCUCCCAAAGAUACUUAGUAUCGUGUAUAGUUUUACACAUGAUUAUCAUUGAUCAAUGGUGUGUUUUGGGCCUUUAUCAUAUUGUAGGUGGAAAAACAAACAAUGUUUACCAUAUUUUCACCAAUCAAAUACUUAGAGGGAAAACAUAAUUGGUGGAAAUGAAGAUUUAGUUUUGAAAGUUGAUCUGAUGUAACCUCUGUAUUUAAGACAUUAACUGAACUAUUCGACGUAAACUUGUAAUUAUGUAUUUGUUAUAACAUAAGUCGAAGAAGAAAGUGAGAGCAUUAAAAUGAAAAUUGCAUCUUGAUCAUGGAAAGAAAGGAAAAUUAGGACUAGAUAAUUCGGGUUGAGUUACCCAUUUAAGGUUUUAACCCAAUAAGGCGAUAAUACGAUGCUUCUUGCUUUUAAAUUAAAAUAAUAAAUAAAUGUAGGUUGUGACUUUACCUUGAUGGAAAAAAAAAAUUGGAUAGUCAAGCUCAUGAGGUCAUUGGUUACAUGGUGCGAUGAACAUGACUUAUGGUUAAAUUAAAUGGUUAGUUAAAGGAUAUUCUAUAAUAUAUACCGAAUCAAAUACAAGGUGUGAUUAUAGUCGUUGACAAAAAAAAAAAAAAAAGAAAAAAAAAACCAUAAAUUCCCAUUCUUAAGCUCAGAAAAAACACAUUUUACUUAGAAAAAAGGACA